UAGACUAUUUAAUAAUAGGAUUAACUUAUUUUACUCAUAAAAGGGGCGAGUGAAAGCGAGAACAGAGUCUGAGAUCCCCAAAUUGGCGAGUGACAGAGAAAAGCGAGUGGAAGGAAAGCAGGAAACCCUAAAUCUCCCAACCCCCCCCCCCCCAACUCUCUACGCGCCCUUAACUCCACUCGCCUUCGGUUUUCGCAGAAUCAUCACUCAUUCUAUUUCCACCUCCACUUCAGGUGCAGUCAGGAAAACAGUUAGUUGAAGUAAACAAGUUUCAAUCAUGGACAUAGAUCUUAGGUUACCUUCUGGUGAACAGUGUAAGGAAGAUGAAGAUGCAAAUGGAAUUGAUAAUAUGCUAGAUGGUGAUGAAUCACUGCAUAAUGGAAUGGUUCAAGUUGUAGGAGAGGAUAUGCGUGCUGAAGAUGGUGGGGAAAUGCAUUCUUCUGCUGUGGAUAUGGUGACCUUCAAGGAGGAUACGAAUCUUGAGCCACUUUCUGGUAUGGAGUUUGAAUCACAUGGAGAAGCAUAUUCAUUUUAUCAAGAAUAUGCUCGGUCUAUGGGAUUCAACACAGCUAUACAAAAUAGCCGACGUUCGAAGACUUCAAGAGAAUUUAUUGAUGCAAAGUUUGCCUGUUCUAGAUAUGGGACCAAAAGGGAAUAUGACAAAUCCUUUAACCGGCCACGAGCUAGACAAAGCAAGCAAGACCCUGAAAAUGCAACUGGUCGGCGAUCAUGUUCGAAGACGGAUUGUAAAGCAAGUAUGCAUGUGAAGAGAAGGCCUGAUGGAAAAUGGGUUAUACAUAGUUUUGUGAAAGAACAUAACCAUGAACUUUUGCCAGCCCAAGCUGUCAGUGAACAGACCAGAAGGAUGUAUGCUGCAAUGGCUAGACAAUUUGCUGAAUAUAAAAAUGUUGUUGGUCUGAAGAAUGAUCCCAAAAAUCCAUUUGAUAAAGGUCGAAAUUUGGCAUUAGAAGCUGCUGAUGUUAAGAUUUUACUUGAAUUUUUCACACACAUGCAGAGCAUAAAUUCAAACUUCUUUUAUGCAGUAGACCUGGGUGAAGAUCAGCGUCUGAAGAGUUUGUUUUGGGUUGAUUCAAAGAGUAGGCAUGAUUACAGUUAUUUCUGUGAUGCUGUGUCUUUUGAUACCACUUAUGUUACAAACAAAUAUAAGAUGCCUCUUGCACUAUUUAUUGGAGUAAACCACCACUACCAGUGCAUUCCGCUUGGAUGUGCAUUGGUAUCAGAUGAGAGUGCUGCAACAUUUUCUUGGCUAAUGAAGACAUGGCUGAAAGCAAUGGGUGGACAAUCUCCUAGAGUCCUAAUAACCGACCAAGACCGAACUCUGAAAUCUGUUGUUGCAGAAAUCUUUCCAAAUACACUUCAUUGCUUCUUCCUGUGGCACGUAUUAGGAAAGGUUUCUGAGAACCUUGGUCAUGUAAUUAAACAGCACGGAAACUUGAUGGCAAAGUUUGAGAAAUGCAUCUACAGGUCAUGGACAGAUGAAGAGUUCGGCAAAAGGUGGUGGAAAAUUCUUGAUAGAUUUGAACUCAAGGAUGAUGAAUGGAUGAAGUCGUUGUAUGAAGACCGCAAAAAGUGGGUUCCAACCUAUAUAAUGAAUGUUCUGUUGGCUGGGAUGUCUACGGUUCAGAGAGCCGAGAGUGUGAACUCAUUCUUUGACAAGUACGUACAUAAGAAGACCACAGUGCAAGAUUUUUUGAAACAUUAUGAAGCAAUUUUACAAGAUAGGUAUGAAGAGGAAGCGAAAGCAAAUUCUGAUUCAUGGAGCAAAGUGCCAGCAUUAAAAUCUCCAUCACCUUUUGAGAAGAGUGUUGCGGGGGUAUACACACACACAUUAUUCAAGAAGUUUCAAAUCGAGGUUGUGGGUGCAAUUGCUUGUCAUCCAAAGCCGGAAAAUCAUGAUUCAACAUGCAGCAUUUUUAGAGUUCAAGAUCUUGAAAAGAAUCAGGAUUUUAUUGUUACUUUGAAUGAGAUGAAGGCAGAAGUUUCUUGUAUAUGCCGCUUGUAUGAAUACAAAGGAUAUCUCUGCAGGCACGCUAUGGUAGUUCUCCAAAUAAACGGCCACUCAGCCAUCCCUUCUCAAUAUAUUUUGAAACGAUGGACAAAAGAGGCAAAGAGCAGGCAUUUCAUGAGUGAAGAAUCUGAGCAGGUUCAAUCUAGGGUGCAGAGGUACAAUGAUUUAUUUCAACGAGGGAUGAAGUUGAUUGAGGAGGGUUCGUUGUCUCAAGAGAGCUACUAUAUUGCAUUCCGAAGCCUGGAAGAAGCUUUUGGGAGCUGUUUGAGUGCAAACACUUCUAAUAAGAGCCUUGCAGAAGCUGUGGCAUCUCCCACCCAGGGUAUGAUCUGUAUUGAAGAAGACAAUCAAAGCAGAAGCACAAGCAAGAUGAAUAAGAAAAAGAACCCAACCAAAAAGAGAAAGGGAAACUCAGAGCAGGAGGUAAUGGCUGUUGCACCGACGGAUGGCUUGCAACAAAUGGAUAAGUUAAGCUCAAGAUCAGUAGCCCUAGAUAGUUACUUUGGUGCACAACCAAGCGUCCAAGGAAUGGUUCAGCUUAAUUUAAUGGCACCGCGCGAUAAUUAUUAUGGGAAUCAACAGACAAUUCAGGGGCUGGGACAGUUAAACACCAUAGCAACGAGCCAUGAUGGUUACUAUGGCACUCAGCAAGCCAUGCCUGGAAUGGGACCCAUGGAUUUCUUUCGAUCUCCUAGUUUCUACAUUCGGGAUGACCCCAACGUGAGAGUGGCACAGUUACAUGAUGAUGCAUCGAGACACACAUGACGAUACUUUUCUCUUAGCAGUGGAGGUUUGAGGAUGAAGGAAGAUGAAUGGAAAUAAUGGAGGGAAGCGGAGUUGGAUGUGAAGAAAGGAAAUGGCAUGAUUAUUAUUAGAAACAAUAACGUUGUUUCUCUUCAUUUGGUGUCUGUAAGAUAUAAGAUAGAAUUGAGAGUCAUGAUGUAAAGUUUGUUGUAUUAUUAUCUGACUUUUACUGUCUAAAUAGGAUGAAUUGGAUCCCAGUUACGACUUUGUUGUUUUUAUAUUCAUAUAUAUAUAUAUAUUUAUGCCAGUUUACAUCAAA